AUGCCGCCCAAAUCACUUCUAGCACUAGCCCUCCUGGCCAUCCUCAUGCUAUUCUCCCAUGGUGUCACGACCUUGGGAUCGCCACAGCCGCUCAACGGCACCGGCGGAAGUUUCAGCCUCAAGCUCAUCGUCAACCACCAGCCGGCACACUAUGACUUGGCGAGCCUCCAGCGUGCCAAGGACCAAGUAAAAUGCAGGAUCAAGCACCAGAUCCUGCCAACGAGCAAUGAGAUACGGCCGUUCAUGUGCCCACCGGCGGACAUGGUGUACGCCGUCAUGGUGGGCGUCGGAACGCAGACCGGGUUCCAGAACUACCAACUGGCGCUGGACAUGGCGGUUGGACUGUCCUGGAUACAGUGCUGGCCGUGCCGGCCAUGUCGGCCGCAGCUAAGCCCGGUGUUCGACCCAACAAAGUCCCCGACCUUCCAAUACAUCUCGGGGAACAAUGGCGUCUGGUGUCGUGCGCCCUACCGAGCUUUGCCAAACGGGGCUUGCGGGUUCCGCAUUGCCUACCGGCACACCCCCGAGGUUUCGGGGUACCUCGCCAGGGACACCUUCUCCUUCCCCACCAGGAACAAUGACUUCGUGCCACUGGAGGGCAUCUUCUUCGGCUGCGCCCACCAGACUGAGGGCUUCGACACCCACGGCGCCCUCGCGGGUCUCCUCGGCUUGGGAAUAGGAGUGGUGGGCAGGCCUCCGACCGCCUUCACGAAGCAGGUCCUUCCAGGCCAUGGAGGUCGCUUCUCCUACUGCCCGUUCGUGCCCGGGAUGAGCACGUACAGCUACUUUCGGUUUGGCAACGACAUCCCAAGCAAUCCACCGCCAAAUGUGUCACGCCAGAGCACGCCAGUCCUUGCGCCACUCCAGAACAGCGAGGCGUACUACAUCCAGCUCGUCGGGGUCAGCGUCGGCGGCAGCCGAGUGACUCGCGUCACGCACCAUUUCUUUCGGCGCAACGCGCACGGGACGGGCGGGUGCGCGAUCGACAUCGGCACACAGAUGACUGCGUUUGUGCACUCAGCGUACGUCUACAUCGAGGAGGCGGUGCUGCAACACCUGCGGCGCCACGGAGCACACAUCGUGCAGGUGGAAGGCCACACGUGUGUCCGGCAGCCGGCGCCGCACCAAGAUGUUCUCCCGAGCAUGACACUGCAUUUUGUGAACAGAUCGUGGCUCCGGAUCAUGCCAGACCAGGUAUUCAUGAAGCUUGUCCAUGGCGGCCACCAGUACCGGUGCCUUGGCUUUGUCUCGGACAGCGACAGGACGAUCAUCGGCGCCAUGCAACAGAUCAACCAUCGCUUCAUCUUCGACCUCCGUGAUACCACACCCAUCAUGAGCUUUAAUCCGGAGGACUGUCACCUCGAUGCCGCCGUUUUUAUGGGACGUGAUGUCCUGGUACAGGGCCUCAUCCGUCAUAUUGGAGACGGCAGGCCUUGCAUGAACAUGUUUUCCAAAGCCCCCCAAGCGACACACACCUUUAUCAUGAAGUACGUGAGGGAGCUAAGGGAUUGUAAGCCAAAGAAGACCACGGUGGCCCUUGAGCCACGGCACCAAGGGCGGCCAAGGUGGAUCCCUCCACCUCUUGGGAUGGCGAAAAUUAGAGUGGAUGGUGCAGUUGCACAUGAUCUCAAUGAAGGUACAUUUAGUGCAGUUUUCAGGGAUUCAGCCGGAACAUAUAUGGGAUCUUCAGUCAUCCGGACUAGGGGAAUUUCUGACCCAGCCACUCUGGAGGCAGUAGCGUGUCGUGAAGCUCUGGCGCUAGCCACGGAUCUUGCGCUAUCACAUGUCCUGGUGGCCUCGGAAUGCCAAGGUGUGAUUCAUGAUAUCAAGAACAAUACUGGAGGAGUUUAUGCAAGCAUUAUCAAAGAGAUUUUGGAAACAUCUAGGAAUUUUCAGCAUUGUUCUUUCAUCUUCGAAGGACGAGAAUCUAAUUUCGAGGCACAUAGCCUCGCUAAACAUACUUUUGGUCUGUAG